AUGUCGUGCAUUGGAGAGCGGGAUUCCAAAGAGCGGGAUGCCGAAGACCGCGAUGUCCAAGAGCGAGAUGCCAAAGAGUGGGAUGCGGAAGAGCGGAAUGCCAAGGAGCCGAACUGCCAAGGGCAAGAGGACCAAGAGCUGGUCUCAAAAGCUAAAACCCGUCCCAUCUGUGAGUCACAGCAUUGCAAAGUGCAUCACAUCAAGGAGCGGGACACUGUAGAACGGGACUGUUACCAAACGCUAAAGCGGGACCUCUUAGUCCGUUUGUUGGAUCGUGAGCUGCAUAUACUGCAUCAGGAGCGGGAACUAGAAGCCCAACUGCGGGAUUGGGAGCUGCAGGUCCACCAGCAUGACCAGGAGGUGGACAUGUUUAAUCGGGAAGUUGACGCCAAUGUGCGGUGGUAUGGAGCCCUAGAGAGGGAGGAGUAUGUCGAAGAGAGGGAGAAGGAUACCCUGAAGUGGGAGCGGGAGCUGGAGAAGGAAAUGCGAAUGCUAAGGCUGGCAGACCAGCAGCUGGAGCUGCAGUUCCAACAACGCGUGCGAGAGCUGGCAAACGAAGAGUAUGAGGUUGAUAUGGGUUUAGAAGGGUGGCUGCAGUGGCAGGAACUCCAGCAAGAGCGGUGGCUGCAGGUUCCAGCGCGGAGCUCUGGAUUAGAUUGCUUUUUCUCACCAUCCAACGCUCCACUAUUGCUCAUCCUGCCUUUUGCUGCUUUAGAGUUCUCUGCCAGGUCCAAGAGGAACAGUGGCGCAACAGAUCUUCUCGAGGCUGUUGGUAAUCUGUAA